ACCUAAAAGACACGGGCCGUGGACCAAACUCUUUUCCCCCAAAUUUCCCCUCUUUCCCCGCAGCAGCGCUCGCUCUGAUCUCGAUUCAUCUGCCCCUACUCUUCGGAUCCAAAAUUCGACACCAGAUCCGGUCUUCCCCCGCCUGGAUCUAUCGAUUGGUACCGAUUUUGCCUCGAAUCGUUGAUUCUUUGUGUUACCGAGAUUAGGGUUUCGGAACGCGGAAAUUGGGCCUCGAUCCGGUCGAUUGAGGCGGAAUUUCUCACAGGAACGACCGAUCUGUGGUUGAUUUGUGGUUUUCGGAUCUGUUUCUUCGAUUUCCCCGAGUUCAAGCCGCCGCCGUUGACUUCUUCCUCCGGCCGCCGUCCUCGACCACCUCCUCCGGCGGCCGUUCCGUUGUCCACCUCUUCCCCAGGUCUCCGUCGUCCACCAUCUGCCCCUGGAGCAUUAUGUUGCAUCAAGAAAACAGUGAGGUUUUUGUGAGGCACCACUCUGAGCAGCUUGCAUGUGGCAACUUGAGGGGAACGGAUGAUGGUCGCUCAAACUUUCUUCCUGAGAAAUUCCAUGUCGCAACAGAACGGAAUGCCGCAACUUGUCUAGUCAAUACUGCCAGUACUGUUAAAGAAGGGGCAGUGGAUCAUAAUAAGAGACCUGCAUCCGAUGGUUUGGCAGACAUGGUGGACUGGAAGCGAAUGAAGCAGGGAGACCAAACUAUAUGCGAGAAAGAUCAUCAUGUGGCAGAUGCUGAUGUAAAUGUUCCCGAGUAUAUAACAUACAGGACAUGUGAGAAAAUCUUUGAUGCACCAGCAUAUGAGAGUGACGGAAGUGAAGAUGAAGGUGUAGAUUCACCUGUUCAUUUUUCACUACCUCAUAAUUAUGAGGACUACAUACGAUCUGCCGGUUUUUAUCAAAAGGAAGACAUUUUCUCAUCUCUUGGUGUUUGCCCCCCAAGCAAAACAGUUCCUAUUGGGCCAAAUUAUCAGGCUGAGUUACCAGAGUGUGCAUCUGAUAGAAAGAGGAAUUCCAUUGAUGAUUAUGCUGAUCUCUCAUCAUCUUCUCAUGUAUGUGCUGGAAGUGAAGCGGAGAGUAACAAGUGGAUUGGAAACUGUAUCAUUCCAAUGCCCGGUUCAGUUGAGUUAUCUUCAAUGCCGAAACCCGUUUGCUGUAAAGCAGAUUGCCGUUGUGUUGAUGAAGAUUCGAUUGAGUGUGUGAGCAAGCAUGUGAGGGAAGCAAGAGAAAGACUAAUGGGUGCCCUUGGUCCAAACACCUUCAAAGAGUUGGGAUUCUGUGAUAUGGGUGAGGAGGUAUCCUUGAGAUGGACAGAGGAGGAAGAGCAUUUGUUCCAGGAAGUGGUAUCAUCAAACCCUGCCUCUCUUGGAAGGAACUUUUGGGAUGAACUUCUGCUUGCCUUCCCAUUCAAGACUAGCAAAGAGUUAGUGAGCUACUAUUUCAAUGUCUUCAUGUUGAGGAAGAGGGCUGAACAGAACAGGUUUGAUCCAAUGAAUGUUGACAGUGACAAUGACGAAUGGCAGGGAAGUGAUGAUGAUGAGUUUGCGGUCACAGAAAGGGCUGAUGAUGAUCUGCUGCAUGAGUCUCUUACUGAUCAAGAUGAUGGUGUAUUCAAUCAAGUUUCUCUGGAGCGAAAUAUCCAUCAAAAGUCCAGCGAGGAAGAUGAGUUGGAUAACUCUGGUGGGGAAAUGCAAGAGAACUGCUGCACAGAGAGGGAUGUCAUGGCGUCAGGUCUUCCUGUAAUGUCCUUUGUGGACCAUAACCAGGAGGCAACCACAUUAGAUGCAGAUGCCCAAGAUGACUCGUGCACAUCAUUUGAGGCUCAGCAUAUUGGUGUUGCAAAUGGGACACCCGCAGAUAUUCCUGGAGAUCACUACGGGGACGAUGGCUUUGGCAGUGUUGCAGAUCAUGGAUACUUCGGUGGCCAUUGCGACCCGAAAGCUUGGGACAUUGGUUUCCCUAGUGUGUGGGAGAAGGAUGAUUUUCUUUCAACAAACAAUGUCAUAGAGGAGGUGUUUGGAAAGGGUUCUUGUGAAAAUGAAAAUAACUCUUCUGCUUCCCAGGGCAUCAUGUAAAGUCGUAGCCGGUGGUUCUUUUGGAGAGCGAAAGCUUGGCAACGGAACCUGUUUUUGAAAUUUGUACAGCAGUAGCUCCUCCUUUUUGAUGAUUUACCUGUCCGUAGAAAUCCAAUGUCUGUCCUGAGAACAUCUGUUUGAGAAAUGCUAUUUCAUUCUCAUGAUGAAUGUCUAUUUGUAGUUAUCUAUCAUCUGUCGAUGAUGUGCUGUAGCCUCUAUGUACUGUUGUCAUGAUGAAAAUUUCAUGACCUGAGCAUUUUUCCAUAUGCUAGCGAUGGUCAAUAGAUAUAGAUGUUGUUCCAA